UCAGUGGAGGAGCCGAGAGCGGUGGCGCACGGAGAGACGGACGGGGAACAAGUUGAAUAAAACCAAUAAGGACUUUAAUUUUUAAUCUGCUGUAUUCUUUCCCUCCCUCAAGAUUUUUCAAGUAUGUUUCCUUCACGUUGGCCGGAUACCAGUUUUGACCGCGCGUGAAUGAGAGCUAAACCCGUAAAGAGACCCAGAGAGAUCCGCGGUGAAGGGACUGUCUAUACGCGGAGAGGAGAGAGUAUCUCCCGGCAUCGGCUGUGCGUCUUUGCGCGGUCUGGAUUGGACUGCGGUGUGGUUCCUCCGCCGCGUGUAACCCAGGGCGGCAUUUUUUCUGGUGGGGGGGUACGCUGGCUUGGUUUUGUGGAGCUCUGGAGAAAAUUUGGUGUCAUUUUAAUCGGAUUGGGGGAAGCCUAUCGGAUCGUACACUCCGCUCCACGCGUGUUGAAAGUGGAGAGGGGAGGGCUGGAUGCCUGCAGGUUUGCGAGUCCUGAAGAAGCAGCCAAGGAUUACAUCCUGCCCGGGCACCUUCUGAAGGGCUAAGGACGCACAGACGGGCUGUUUCUUCUUCUUCUUGGCCCCCGUACAGGCUUUCUUCUUCGCAUACCUUACGCUUUGGCUUCUUUAGGGGAGGAUAUGGCAAGGUCGGCGCUGGAGAGAGGAGAGCAGACGGAGCAGUGGAGAGGAAACCGGAGCUGAAUGACAGGAUGCCAGCGACCUGAGCCCGCACUCAGACCACUUCUAACUCCGUUAAGAGACACUUCAGCUUUAUUCGUUGGACUGAGUGGAGAGAAGAAUAUUUUCCGGAAAAAAAAAAUCUUUUGGAGGAGUUUAUUUUCAGAGGGGCUUUUUUUUGUUUGUUGGUUUUUUAUAUACGUGUAAUUUUAUUUUAUUUUUUUGGUGAUAAAACAAGGAUGCAUUGUGGAUUAGUCUUUAUCCUGUUCAUGGGAAUCCUCUUGGUGGCCAAGGCUUUCAAAAACGAUAAAUGUGGAGGCAACAUCAGAAUCUCAACCGCCAACUACCUCACUUCGCCCGGGUACCCCGUGUCUUAUCCCUCUUCUCAGAAAUGCGUGUGGGUGAUCUCGGCACCUGGUCCUCACCAGCGGAUCCUCAUCAACUUCAAUCCGCAUUUUGAUCUGGAGGACCGGGAAUGCAAAUACGACUAUGUGGAGGUGCGAGAUGGCAUAGAUGACAGCGGUCAGCUGGUGGGGAAGUACUGUGGAAAGAUCGCCCCUUCUCCAGUCGUCUCUUCUGGAAACCAGCUUUUCAUCAAAUUCGUGUCUGACUACGAGACCCACGGAGCAGGCUUCUCCAUCCGAUACGAGAUCUUUAAGACAGGUCCAGAAUGCUCCAGGAACUUCACCUCCAACAGCGGCGUCAUAAAGUCACCCGGGUUCCCGGAGAAAUACCCCAACAACCUGGACUGCACUUUUAUGAUCUUUGCGCCAAAGAUGUCAGAGAUCAUCUUGGAGUUCGAGAGCUUCGAGCUGGAGCCCGACCCGACGCCCCCUGCUGGUGUAUUCUGUCGCUAUGACCGACUGGAGAUCUGGGAUGGGUUCCCUGGAGUCGGUCCAUACAUCGGAAGGUACUGCGGGCAGAACACCCCUGGCAGGAUCAUCUCUUACACAGGCAUCCUGGCACUGACAAUCAACACUGACAGCGCUAUCGCAAAGGAAGGCUUUUCUGCCAAUUUCACCGUCAUCGAAAGAACCGUUCCAGAGGACUUUGACUGUAGUGACCCUUUGGGAAUGGAAUCAGGAGAGAUAACAUCAGACCAGAUUAUGGUUUCAUCCCAGUACAAUCCUAGCUGGUCCCCGGAGCGCUCCAGACUCAACUACUAUGAAAAUGCAUGGACACCAGCAGAGGAUUCCAACAAAGAGUGGAUACAGGUGGACCUCGGGUUCCUGCGGUUUGUCUCAGCCAUCGGCACCCAGGGCGCCAUUUCCCAGGAGACCCAGAGGGUUUACUAUGUCAAGUCCUACAAAGUGGACGUCAGCUCUAAUGGAGAGGACUGGAUCACUUUGAAAGAAGGCUCCAAACAGAAGGUUUUCCAAGGCAACACCAACCCAACAGACGUUGCCAAGACGAAGCUUCCCAAACCCACACUGACGCGCUUCGUUCGGAUACGUCCCGUUACCUGGGAAACAGGCAUCGCGCUGCGCUUCGAGGUGUAUGGCUGUAAGAUAUCAGAGUACCCAUGUUCAGGCAUGCUGGGCAUGGUAUCAGGCUUGAUCACUGACAACCAGAUCACGGCGUCCUCCCACACAGACCGGAGCUGGGUACCAGAGAAUGCCCGCUUGCUUACAAGUAGGACAGGAUGGACCCUGCUGCCCCAGCCACAGCCCUUCACCAACGAAUGGCUGCAGGUGGAUCUUGGCGAGGAGAAGCUAGUGAAGGGCUUGAUCAUCCAGGGCGGGAAGCACCGUGAAAACAAGGUCUUUAUGAAGAAGUUCCGUCUGGGCUACAGCAACAAUGGCUCGGACUGGAGGAUGGUGCUUGACCCCAGUGGGAGCAAGCCAAAGAUAUUUGAAGGUAACAGCAAUUAUGACACUCCUGAACUGAGGACGUUGGAGCCUCUGCUGACUCGUUUCAUCAGGAUUUACCCAGAGAGGGCCACCGCUACUGGGAUGGGCCUGCGGCUGGAGCUCCUGGGCUGUGAGAUUGAAGCUCCUACAUUCCCGCCAGCCACCGUAAUCCCGAGCACUACCCCAUCAGACGAGUGUGACGACGACCAGGCGAGCUGCCACAGCGGCACAGGUGAUGACUACGAUGUGACAGGUGGUACUACAAUGCCAGAGAGCACUACUGCUGAAGUGGAUACCAUCCCAGCUUUUCUCUGGUUUGCCUGCGACUUUGGCUGGGCCAACGAUCCAUCCUUCUGCAGCUGGACAUCAGAGGACACUGGCUCUAGGUGGCAGAUCCAGUCCAGCGGCACACCUACCCUCAACACUGGACCCAAUAUGGACCACACAGGUGGAUCAGGAAAUUUUAUCUACACCUUAGCGACCGGUCCCCAAGAGACCGAGGUCGCUCGACUUGUGAGUCCUGUGGUUAACUCCCCAGACGCCGACCUCUGUGUGUCAUUCUGGUACCACAUGUUCGGGUCGCACAUCGGCACACUGCAUAUCAAGCAGCGCAAGCAGACAGUGGAUGGACCUGCAGACGUCCUGCUGUGGACAGUCAGUGGCCACCAGGGCAACCGCUGGAGGGAAGGUCGUGUCCUUGUGCCACGCACCAACAAACUCUAUCAGGUGGUGAUCGAAGGUUCUGGUAGAGAGAAAGAGCUGGGAGACAUUGCUGUGGAUGACAUUAAGGUUCUCAGGCUCAGCAUUGCAGACUGUAAAGAUCCUGACGUGCCCACUGAGCCAAUGCUACCAGAGGAUAACUUCAAUGAAAUCAUUCCAGAAAUCACAGAAUAUCCGGACUUUGUAGAGACCAACCAGAUCAGUGGAGGCAGCAUGCUGAAGACACUUGAUCCCAUCCUCAUCACCAUCAUCGCCAUGUCUGCCCUCGUCUUCCUGGGGGCCAUCUGUGGUGUGGUCUUGUACUGCGCCUGCGCACACGGAGGCAUGUCAGACAGGAACUUAUCGGCUCUGGAGAACUAUAACUUUGAGCUGGUGGAUGGCGUCAAGCUAAAGAAAGACAAACUCAAUGUACAGAGCUCAUACUCAGAGGCGUGAGACAGGACUGGACGCAUUCGCCUGACUGUACGAUGGGCCGAGCUCGCACGAGACUGUCUGCAGGCAUAUUCUCUCGCUUGCCUUCAAGAGGCGGGCUCAAAAAGACUACCGACACCCUCAACUCACUGGAUGAGGGACAGGUUCAGGAACCAACGGAGGUCUGGACUGAUCCACGCUUUUCUCAGGAGCUGCAGUAAAAAAGAACCUACCAGUAAGGGGACACUGUGUACAAAUAAAAUACAGGAAAAAAAAUAUGUACAGAUGAUCCAGAUGAUAUUUUAAUUUUCUAUUUUGAUUUUCAUUCAUUUUACAAUCGGAUGCUGGUGUUGAGACCAAUUAUUAAUAAUGUUUAAAGUAUUUAUCGUUUUCUGGGAAAAGAAAUGUCUUUUUAUUAUCAGUUCAUAAAGGCUGUUGUUUCUUUUCACGUUUUGAAAGAGACGUAUCGAAAUCCUAAAUGAACCAUAUCCGGUAAAACUGUAGAUUUGCCCCAUGGUGCGGCAUACAGAGUGUGCUCUGACACAUGUACCCUUUCCCCUUUGACCCCUAUCACUCUAAAGUGAGGUCCCAUUCAUGGCAAUGUAUGGUUCUGACAGUGCCUUUAACACAUUUUGGUUGGAAUCCUCUGUUGAUAUUGGUGUUUUUUUGUUUUUUUACUGUACUUGGCUUAAGCUAUAAUGACAGGAAACAGGGGCACAUAACCUUAUAAAUACCUGCAAAACAGGAUGAGAGUUUAUUACGGCGCUUUGGGUUUUUUUUGUGUUUGUUUGUUUGUUUUCUGUCCAAAAACCACACUGUAAUAAGUUUUAAUAUAUUUUAUUGCCCUUUUUAAAGAAAGUAAAAAGGAAAAAGCUGCAGUAUCCCUUUUGUCAUGGGUUUGUGUGUGUGUAAAUACAAUCUUCUGGACUGUUUUGUGGAAGGUGCAGUGUUUCGUUUUAGUUGCUCAGGCAAGCACGAUUCGUGUGAUACUGAUGUUCCAGCGACUUCAAUGUGCAUUCAAGCCCUCUGUCAUCAGAACGUCCACUUCUCAAAAAAAGAAAAAAAAAAAAACAGAGAGAGGGAGGAACUCUUAGCACUCUUUCUCUGCUAAUCUCUUCAUAAUCACAUCAUAUCUCUGCUGUGAGUUUAACUGGUCACUGUUACAUUUUCCAGCGCUUCAAACAUACUCAUGACAAUGGCAGAGGAGGUGGUAAAAAAUAUUAAACGCCU